UGACAUCAUCCUAAUUUCAGGAAGUAGGUGCAGCAUCUCUCGACUAAAGCACUAUUUUAGAAACAGUUCUGAGCAUCAGAACGAGAGAGAGAAGAAGCAGAGACACAGAGAAGCACGAUGGAAGAGUUCAAAUGGAUCAAAAUGUCUUUAUUUCUGAUACCGCUGCUUCACUUUACAGCAGCAGCUGGAAACCAUCUCCUCUCCUCCACUGUCAGAGCUGGAGAUGAUGUCACUUUGUCUUGUAAACAUGUGAUAGACGGUCAGAGAAAGUGUGACAGUACUACCUGGAUCUUCAGUGGUUCAGGAAACACAGUGCCGCUGUUUGAACUCGGGAAGAUUAAAGAAGAAGCCGGAGAUAAAUCAGACAGACUGAGUGUUAGAGAGAACUGUUCUCUGGUUAUAAAGAAGGUCACAGAGGAGGAUGCUGGUCUUUACAUCUGCAGACAGUUCAGAUCAGGACAACAACAAGGUCCAGAUACUACGGUUGUUCUGACUGUUACCAGUUGGUGGUGGUGGCUCAUCGUUGUCUUUGUGGCUGUUGCAGCGCUCCUAAUAAUCACUGUGGCUGUCAUCAGAUGGAAGAGAGCUAAAGGGAACACCCCGACGUAUGAAAACGUGGCUCAUCCUGAAGGUGGUGUUUCCUACGCCUCCAUCAGGUACACCAAGAAGACCAACAGGAGAGCACAGGCUCAGGGUGGAGAUGAAGAUGAUGCAGUGACCUACAGCACCGUGAAAGCUCCCUCUUCCUCUGCUGCUGCUGCAGCCUCUGCUGAUCUCAGCAACCUCUACGCCAACGUCAACAAACCCAAAAAAUAA